CAUUUGUUUCGUAGAGUGGUAAUUUCACGAUUAUCAACUUUAUUCUGUUGAAAUAAGUGCUAUGUAAAUUAUAAAUUAACCUUUACGGUUGUCAUCCGGCUUAGAAAAUAUUUGAUUUACUAAGAACUUGCGCUCGAUUUGAGAAAAAUAUUACUCAAACAAUCCCACGUUAUUCUGAUCUUAAAAUUAAGAUUCCUAUUGCAUAACGUAACCUUACUAACUGGCUGCUGGAAUAAAAUUGAUCUAAAAUGGAAGAAAUAGAAAAGGACAAUGAAAAUGAUUUCAAACGCUCCAAGGAUCGGAGUCCGUCCCCUGGCGUCAAAUCGACUGCGGUGGUUAAGUACACAGCGUUUCAAAGCCCCGUGGGCUAUGCGCGGCUGCAGUGCAACACCGACCUGAAUCUACCCCCUUCCAACUGGGGGGCAGCCAUCGACUCCUACGGCUUGAAGCAGAUAUUGACUGGAAACACUGGGCUAUCUAGUUUCAGGAUGGCGCAUAUGUUCCCGGACUGCGUGGGCGAGGUGGACGUGAUCUCGGGCGCCGAGUGCAUCAAGAAGCUGCUCAAGCUGCCCUACCAGCCCAACGGCACUGUAAGCAUGAUCGUGCACCGCAUCGAGAACACUUUACUGUUGGACGAUUUCGACGUGUACGACUACCUCAUGAAGUCGGAGUGGUCGUGGCUCAAGGACUUCUUCUACGAGAACGUCUUGAAGACCAUGUCGGAACAGGAACGUAUGACGCUAACGCUGGCACCAGUGGCCCCGAGUUCGGCGCUGCAGCUGACGCACAAGUUCCUAUCGCACAGUGUCGCCUCCCGCCCGCCGCCCGCCCAGGCGCCCGCCCUUGCGCCCGUCGCGCUCACUGGCCCGUACCUGCCGGAGCCGGAGCCGGGGCGCGAUGAGGCGCCGCCGGACCACCUUUACAACCGCAACGUGCACUGGACCUUCGAGGACAUACACAUGCUCAUAGGCAGCGACCUGCCAAUCUUCGGCGACAAAGACCGCCCCUGCGUGUCCCUCCGCCUACGAGACGCGCGAGAACCCAUCAACGUGUUAACAGGCAUCGACUAUUGGCUAGACAACUUGAUGUGCAACGUACCUGAAGUGUUAAUGUGCUACCACUUGGACGGAAUCGUCCAGAAAUACGAGCCAAUGAAGACUGAGGAGUUACCCAAUAUGGAAAACUCGAAAUUCUCGCCGAAAGUCAUAAGAAACGUAGCGCAGAAUAUUCUGUCGUUUUUGAAGUCGAAUGCGACGAAGGCAGGGCAUACGUAUUGGCUGUUCAAAGGGCCGCAUGAUGACGUGGUCAAGUUGUAUGAUCUGACGUCACUGUGCCCGGAUUCCGUAGAUAGCCCGUUUACAAGUCCCGUUGGGAUGCUGCUGUAUAGAGUUGCCAGGAACAUGCGGCUGGCUAACAGGUCAGAACACGUGCGACAGCUAUUAGAACACGCUAUAGAACUCCUCAAGGCGGAAAAAUAUCCGCAAAUAGUGGCGUCUUCACACUACAUGCUGGCCGACUUGUAUGUACCAGCAAAUACUAACCCCGCCUGCCCGGACUUUAAAGAAGAAUCCAUAGAUCCCGACAGUGAAGACCCAGAAUUCGCAAAGUACGCGGAACCGUGCGAUGACGACAACGAGUUUGACAGAGACGGCAAGUCCAAAACUGACGAAUGUGACAAGGACGGCAAUAAAGAGAACGAGAAAGACACUGCAGAGGAGGGAGAUAGCACUAAUACACUGGCUGUUCAGAGCAGAGGCUUGGCUUUGAGGGAUAUUGGCAAUCGAGUGAGAGAAAGUACUGGGGAAAACAAACGCAAAGCGAGCAUGUCUGGUGGACUGGGCACGGCGCCGCCCGACCGCUGCGGCGGAGCUUUAAAACACGCUCUAAAAGGUCUACUAGCGCUCCACAAUGUCACCAUAGACAAGUGCAAGGAAGAAGAGCGCGAACGCCUCAGGCAACAAAUCAUAAUCGAAGAACAGCAUCCAAAAAUGGCGAACCCGUACGAACCCAUCAAAAUGGACUACGAGCCAAUAACGAAGAAGUCCGAAUCCAAAGAGCACACGUCCCGCAGCCGGCGACGACGACGCGAGCGAAAGACUUCGGACAAAACCGGCAAUUGUUUGAUCGAAUCGAAUUCGAAUAUCGACAAGAACGCUAUACUCAUCAGGAAUAAAAAGAAAAUAUUCCCAACUUGGCACGAGCCAAGUAGAGAUGACAAUUUCGCGUGGAAACUGCAUUUGAAGACGCUGUUGUAUGAAAAGAUAUGUCUCGCGUAUGCAACAUUGGCUGAGUAUAGCUACUCGAAUGAACAGUACGGGUUUUCCUUGAAGUAUAUCGACAUGGCGAGCAAGUGCCAGAAACUGUUGAGCAACAUGAUUAUAAAGAGUCGGGUCGUGGACGCGAGCUGUCUUAUAGGAAUGGCUCUAUUCGACUGA